AUGCUGUACCGCGGAAAGGACAAAUACGGCUGGACAUUUACCUUUAAUCUUCCAAACACAGGACGGCCCGUUCCAAUGACUUGGAGGAAGGGCAACAGUGUAGCUGUAGACGGUAUGAAAGCUUCUCGUUUGAGCGACAAUAACUUCAAGCUGCUGGAUCCAAAUGGCCAGUUCAUGGCAGUCUUUACAAGCCACACCAUGAGCUUGCGUCUCAGUGCCGUUGGAACUUUGCAGAUCAACAUAGAUCUCGGCCCUAUGUCUGAGUAUGCCGUCAUCACAACUUUCCUGCUCAUCUACGAAUUUCAGACGCGCGAAGAAGACAUUCGAUCAAGUCGUAUCAGCGCUACGGGUGCCGCUGCCUCCAGUAGUUGUUGUUGA